CCGCGCCGCUCGCCGACGCCGACGUCCGCGACGUUCUCGCCCGUCGACCAGAUCGCGCCGCAGCCGCCGUCGCCAGGACCGGGCGCUGCCCCGGGCAGUAACAACAAGCCGCUCUACCUCUGCAGCCCGUUCGUUGAAGCCGCGCUCGUGAAAGGCAACUUCAAGACGAUCGUGAUGCUGCCCAAGUACGUCGACACCGCGGAAUGGGUCGCCGUCAACGUGUUCGACUUUUACCAGAACAUCAACAUGUUCUACGGCGUCAUCUCGGAAUGCUGCACGCUGCAAUCGUGUUCCACCAUGUCCGCAGGACCCGGAAACAUGAACUACACCUGGAUCAACGCCGACCGACGACCCGUGCAGCUCCCCGCGCCGACCUACAUCGACUACGUGAUGACCUGGGUCCAGAACCUGCUCGACGACCCGAACGUCUUCCCCGUCAAGUCCGGCGCGCCCUUCCCGCCCAACUUUGCGCAGACGGUCAAGCACGUGUACCGCCAGCUCCUCCGCGUCUUCGCCCACAUCUACCACGCCCACUACCGCGAGAUCCUCCACCUCCGCUCCGAGCCCCACUUCAACUCGCUCUUCGCCCAUUUCUUGGCGUUCGGGCGCGAGUACGAUCUCGUGGACGUGAAGGACCUCAAGGGAGAUUUCAAGACGGGCACGAUCGGUAUCGGCGCGUUGUGGGAGAGGUGGAAGGAUAUGGGCAUCUUGGAGGGGUGA